AUGAACACGUCCUACACCGCAAACCUCAAAUCCUUCACAGAAGCCGUACACUAUGCCCUUCAAUCUCAAAACACAGUCCAAUUAUGCAUGACGACAGCAUGGAUCCUCUUCAGCGACAAGUCCAGCAAGCCAAACARGAACCCAAACAUCUACAUGAUGGCAAUAGCUCUUGCAGUCGCCCGAAACAUACAACGUGCUCAAGGAGGCGAACGAAUGAUCCGUUUCUCAGAAGGACCUCUCCUUACGGAUUCCAACAGGGAAGAGCUUAGAGAGUGGGUCCGCAAGCAGAUCGACCUGAACAGCAAGGUACACAAUGGAUACGUGGACACGCCGCUACAGACCAUAGUACAAAUACUAUUAAGUCAGCUGCGAGCUGAAGACGUUCAAUUCAAGACCGAGAUGAGCAGAGCAAGACAAGCAGGCUCAUGUAUUUACACUCCAGAGGAACUCGAGAGGGAACUCGAUAAGGUGGGACUUACUCCUGCUUGGGAAAACAAAUUAAGCAGAGACGGCGCGACAUUGGCGGAUCUUGCCAGUUCGGUAAUAAAUAGCAGACUGCAAAGAAAGCUACAUCCUUGGAGACCGCGAGCAGAUAGGCUUAUUGUCAAGAUGCGAGACAUCAAGGAAAAGUGCUUUGCAUCCACGUAG